CGCGCUGUCCCCCGGAGGCGUCUGGGUGUGCGGAGCGCGCGCGCGCGGCUUGGAGGCGCACCUGUGAGGUGUCCCUCGAGGAGAGGGAGGGUGGGUUCGCGGAGUCCGCGGCCUGGGGCGCUUCAACCCCUCACUUGGAAGCGCCUCGCGUCCCAGCAGAGCCAGCCGAGCAUCCUACUCAGGUGAUGAGGAACCCUCCCGGCACCCAGCGCAGAUCGCCGCUGCCGCUGGACUCCUCCAUUGUUUGACCAUAACAAGGGCCGGAUUCUCACCCAGGAUCCCGAGGCUUUUGUUGCCCUUCAGCCACUGUGGGCCCUGCCUCUGCCUCUUCUUCUGGAAUGUCUUGGGGGUUUUGACUUCUGUUACUGUGGCUCUUCCAGAGCGUAGCCCACUGCCUGACAAAUGCUGGGUGCUAAACGUUUGUGGAACGUAUGCCUGCGUGCACGCACGUGCUGAUCCUGCCUCUGAGUUCAGCUUCCAGGGCUGUUGCAUCAACGACGACUUUCUUCUAGGCCUGCUUCUGGAAUGUAACAGCGAGCAACAUACAGAGUUCUUCCCUCCUGGCAUUUAUAAUCUAGUACGGGACACAGAACAAAAAGCAAGGAACAAUAAGACCUGCAAAUCCAAGAGACACGUCUCUCUGGAAGAUAAGAUCUCCUUCCUCACGAUCAAAAAAGAAGACUGCUGGAGUGACACCUGCGUAGGGAAUCCUCACCAGGGAGGACUGACACACCUGGACCCAAGGCGCUGGCUUCCUGGGAGGCUCCUGUCUGAUGUGCAGGAGGCAGGAUGUCAUUGUGACUCUGCAAGGGGAGGCUCCUGGCGACCGAGACCAGCACGCAGUAUCGCACCCUUGGCUACAGGGGACGCUGUGCAGGCCUUUUCCUACAAGUGAGAAGCACGAGAUUAUUCUGCAAGAGGAAGAUUCCAGGGGCUUAAAAACGCAAAGGUUUCUACCUUGGGAGCCCCUUGGAAUGUUGGCAGCUCAGGAUCUCAAAGGAAGUUCUGUGUUAACGAGUUACAGAGUUCACGUGGAAGUAAAUGUCACUUUCUAAUCAAUAAUAAUACCGAGUGAGGAGCACUAUGCAGGGAGAAACCUUCCAUAGAAAGACAGGCAGGGAAAAGCGUAGGCCGACCUUAAACCUCCCGAACAGAGCCAGCCUGAGAUAAACACCAAAAUGGCCAAGUGAGAGACUCUGUGAAAUAGCAGCCCUGGAACUGUAGUAGUUGUGAGGAAAUCUUCUCCGCUAAAUCACGAUACCAAAUAGGAAACAUGAUCUACAAGUGCCCCAUGUGUAGGGAAUUCUUCUCUGAGAGAGCAGAUCUUUUUAUGCAUCAGAAAGUUCACACUGCUGAGAAGCCCCAUAAGUGUGACAAGUGCGACAAGGGUUUCUUUCAUCUGUCAGAGCUCCAUAUCCAUUGGAGAGACCACACGGGAGAGAAGGCGUAUAAAUGUGACGAUUGCGGGAAGGACUUUAGCACCACAACAAAGCUCAAUAGACACAAGAAAAUCCACACGGUGGAGAAGCCCUAUAAAUGCUACGAGUGCGGCAAAGCCUUCAACUGGAGCUCACAUCUUCAGAUUCACAUGAGAGUUCACACAGGUGAGAAACCCUAUGUCUGUAGUGAGUGUGGAAGGGGCUUUAGCAAUAGUUCAAACCUCUGCAUGCAUCAGAGAGUCCACACCGGAGAGAAGCCCUUUAAAUGUGAAGAGUGCGGGAAGGCCUUCAGGCACACUUCUAGCCUCUGCAUGCAUCAGAGAGUCCACACAGGAGAGAAGCCCUAUAAAUGCUAUGAGUGUGGGAAGGCCUUCAGCCAGAGCUCGAGCCUCUGCAUCCAUCAGAGAGUGCACACCGGGGAGAAGCCCUAUAGAUGCUGUGGGUGUGGGAAGGCCUUCAGCCAGAGCUCGAGCCUCUGCAUCCAUCAGAGAGUGCACACGGGGGAGAAACCUUUCAAAUGUGAUGAGUGUGGGAAGGCCUUCAGUCAGAGCACCAGCCUCUGCAUCCACCAGAGAGUGCACACAAAGGAGAGAAACCAUCUCAAAAUAUCAGUUAUAUAAAGCGUUUUGCUAAGAGAUAAAAAUCUUAAAACCCAUAAGUGCCACUAGGAAGGAAACCCCUGUAAAUACCUACAUUGACCCAAGAAAUUUUUACAGCAAGCCCCAGCAGAACAUUGUUUUCCAAGAGGCAUGUGUGAGGUUGAUUUUUUGGAUUCAUGCCAAGUGUGUUCCACAGCUUGACUUUGAAUCUGGAAUCCCUCCGCGUGUUUGCCCAGGACAGGCUGUGAGGUCCCAGUCGUGGGUGUGCGUUUCCUGGGAUUCUGGCGUGAUGCCUCCGUAGUUGAAACACUACACAGGAAACCAUGAUCCUUGCCCAGCCUCCUGAGUCACCUUCUGUCUACGCUUUACCUAAAAGUUGCCCCAGAUACUCCCCCAUUUUGGGAGCUCAUGACCUUCCUUCUCUUGAUCCAAGCAUACUGGUGAAUGCAUUUGAAAACGGCCAGCUCCCACGAAGUAGUGUUCUGGUAUUUCUGAGGUUACCACUCGAUUCAGCCUCUACGUAUCUGUCCAUAUAUCCCGUUACUUCUGAACUCACUUUACCUGUAUAUCCUCAAAAUACCCAUAAAUAUCCACCCCUUCCUAGAUGGCAUUAAAUUUCAUUUUAGAUUU